CCUGUCGAUACUCUGCGUUAUGGUUGCUCCAAACUUGCCUGAAGCUCUCACCGAAAUGCCCUGCUUUGAUACAAAGUCACGUGACAUCAAACUCCACCUUUGAGCUUCGAAUUCCUUUCCAAUUCGGUCACAAAGGCGCUAGGAAUAAUCUCAUAGGUUUCAUAAAGCGCCAUCCAAUCGAUAAUCCCGGCUUGGUUCUUCCAUGAACUGCUUAAGGCGAAUGUUUGCCUGAUCCAUCUCCAAUGAGCUAAGCCACACGACAGCCCAGCCAUGCCCAUUCUGAAAGCAAGCGAGCUCUUUGAGCCUCGACAGCUUCAUUGAUCGAUCCAGCACCGCAACCGACUUCAUGAAACCUUCACUUCACUAGGAAUUGUGUGGUUGUUUCUGGUUAGCAGCUUGUUGCCUCACCGGUCUUAUCGCGACUUUUCUGCGCAAUGCAGCGUGGCCUUGACAGAUCCAAAGACAGAACCCGCACCAAUUUGCCCCACAAGGCUGUACUUCUCUAUCCAUCGUCGGGACCCCCUAGCACAAGGCGUAGGACCGGGGAUUCGCAUCCAUAUUCAUAUCUCAUCUCACCCACUGCCAUUCACCAAGGUAGACUGUGUUGUUGCUGCGCUGGUGAUUCACAUCGUGAGUGCCGCGAGUCAACGACCGUGGCCUAAAAGUCUACAUAAGCGCGCCGCUUUCAGCCUCUUUUGGAAUGCGAAAAUACUUCAGAAAUAUCAUGCCCAAACGCCAACACGCUGAGAUCAAUAUGGACAACCGCUUAGACUUAGAUCGUGAGCUUCGGCCCCAGAAACAGCUACGGAUUCAAGGAGCCAGCAGCAAAAUCCCUACAGAUUUUGAAAAUCUCAUGGAUAACUGGCUCAUCUCAGCGAGAGAGACAAAGAAGCAGAGAAACUCACCAGAAAAACGGGAUCAACAAGCUUGGAAGGCAAGAAGGGCUCUCCAUCCCCUGUCGAAGGAAAAAGACCAGGGCGGGUGGGAUUACUUCACAAAGCCCGAACAGCGAGUAUGGGCUGUCAGACGAAAGGACCAAAAUAAGCUGAGCAAGAAGACGAGAAGUUUGACCCUUCAGGAGAAGUCAUGCAGUUUUCCCACCGAAUUUGGUGACUACGAAAUCUCGUCGCUCUAUCGAGAAUAUUGGGUUUAUGGUGAUACAAAUGACUUCCUCAGAAAGCUGUACAGUCAAUUUGGUAGAAAAGGAGUGAUUCCAGAACAGAAGGUUUGGGAAAUUUUUGCCUGUCUAGUGUCUGAAUUAGUACCAGAGGAUGAAAAGUGGCCUGCAGCGCCUGUACACAUUAUUGCAUCUCCAAACACAAUAUGGCAAGUCGGAAAGUGUAUGCUCCACGUUAUCACCAAUGGUCGCUUUUGGGACGAAGGUGAUAAUGCUUUGAAUCCGGAGGACAGAGGUGAAAAGUUUGGCUUCUUCAAGCAGAAGGUUCUCCAAAAGACAUACAGUAAAAGCUUGAUGAAGUAUAUUCUCGGCUGCUUAUCCGUCAAAGAUUAUGAGCGAUUCACGCGAAAGGACUUGAUGGAUCAUUUUCAAAAUGUUCGAGAUGUUUACGCAGGCAAAUAUAGACCACCACCAGUCCAAGAGCCGCUCGACGGUCCUUAUGAACCUAUAGAUCCUAGAAUCCCUAAAGGUCUAACCCAAGAAGAGGGGUCGUUUUACGAAGGAUUGAUAACAAUAGUCAAAGAUCGAGAGCAACAGUUCAAGAGAGAUGGCAUCGAUCGGAAACCAUACAUCGUCACAAUCACAGACCUCGCAAAAGACUACGAUGAUCUGAUGGCUAUGAUGUGUCUGAAGGAAUUUGACCGCAUGGGCGUAAUCCAAAUUGAAGGCUUUGUGGCGAACUUGAAGCCAGCGGAGGAACGAGCCUUAUUUGGACGAGGGGCACUGGAUUCUCUGGGCCGUUCAGAUUUGCCAAUCGGCAUUGGUUCGAUUGGAGAUGCUCAGCGCCAGCUGAACAACUACCUACAUGAAUUCGACAAUACCGAAGAUUUCAUUGCACCGAAAUCUACAAAAUUGCCACAAGGACAAGAGCUUCUCAAAAAGAUCUUCACUGAAAGUCUGGCAAAAGAUAAGAAGCUUACGGUAUUGACGAUCUCGAGUUUGAUGGACAUUGCGCAGUUUUCACGGGAACAUACGAAACUUCUCAAAAAUGGCACUGCAAAUGUGGUCCUCCAAGGCGGAUAUCGCAUGAUCAACGAUAAGCUGGUACCUGACCCCGCUGCUGCGAACAACAGAUUCGACCUGGAAGGCGCAGCCACUUUCCACAAGUUCAUGCAGGACUACGACAUCCCUUCCACAGCAUGGACAAAAGUCGCCGCCAACGCCACGCCCAUCUACAGCUCUCUGUUCGAAUUUCUUGACGAAACUGGCCACCCGCUCGGCCGUUAUCUCCGAGGCGUACAAACGAGCCAAGAACUCAACUUCUAUGCUCGCUGCUGCAGCGACCAUCCUUUCGCGCCACACAUGACGCAAGACUGGGCUGUGAAGACAAAGAGCACGUGGUUUGCCGCUGGCCACGAACCCGAUGAGGAAUAUCCUCUGGGCGAGGCCAUGCUGCCUUACUUCACCAAGGUAAUUGCUUACGAUGCAUUGGCAGUGGUCGGCGCGUCGGGCGAAGACGUUCUGGAGAAAUUCGGCAUCGUGAAGCCACUCAAAAAGCGAACCGAUGCUGAGCACCCUCUCCACCACAUCAUCGGUAUCCCCAAAACAGACGGAGCAGGCGACGAGGCUGGACUUCCCGAAGAGGAGAACUUGGAUGGGAGACAGAUGGGGAUUGCUAUCUCGGCACUGAUGAAGGGCUCGAUCCUAUCAGUGCAGCAAAAAUUGUCAUAAGACACGACAAUGGCAAACAAUUCUAUUCUAUAGCCUCAUACUUUCGAAGUGUGGCGGCAUCGUCAAUCCCCCGAUAGCUAUUUGAAGCUGUACAGCCUGACUUUCACCUGUAUCAUAUCAUCACACUCCCAACGGGACGGUGUACGUGUCAAGGACGGCUUUACAAGUUCCUGGGUACAGAUCAUGAGAGAAGCAUGAGUGACUCGAGUUGAUGGACAGGAUUGGCUUUGCUUCGCUGUUUGGAGUGAUGGCAUGGGAGAUGAGAUACUGGCGCACGAGCGAUUCGACUGGUUAGACUUUGCCGCUCUAUGGUUGGGAUGGAUGGAUGGAUGGGCGGACUGGAGGCGCGGAAAGGUGUUGGGCUUGGAUGGAGUUUGGUAGAUGCUUGUUUUCUGGCGAUGGAGUUCACUUUCUUUGGUUCGGGAUGAAAUGGUCUAGUUUGGUAGGCAUUGUUAUUUGGUACUGGAAUUGGUGUUGGGGCAGCUGUACAUAGCGCGGUCCCGUGAGAAAGACGUUUCUCCGCCAGCUACGUGCGCUUCCCUAGAUCAAGUGACUCGGUGUGUGGUGAUUGGGCAACGCAAGUCUUUCAAGCAGAGCAGAUUGAGCCCGAAGACAAUUUUUCAACAUAGGGAAGCAGACCGACAUUCUGUCGAGGCUCCCUUACCAGGACAAACGGCUUCCGAGGAGCGUGACUCCUGCCAAGUGGCCUUGAUCGCGUAGUGAGAAAGUUGUGCUCCCAAAAAAUAUUCAUCAUUCAGAUCA